UUGCAUGCACAGGUAUGCCAACAGGUCCCCAUAAGCUACCAAAUUAGUCCUGCUAGCAAUGGCUGCCAGCCUUCCAAUUUUACUCUGUCUCAGGGAUAUAACAUUGCAGUUCUGCGAAUACCUAAUUUCAUAAAAUGUGGCUGUUUUCAGGUGUACAUGAAAUGCAGCAGUAGCUGCCUUGAUCUCUUGGUAUUUUUAUAAUGAUUUGUUUUGCCGUAUUUGUCUGACAGGAGGGGAUUGCUCAUCCUUGUUAAAGAAUGUUGGCAUUCUGCCCGUUGGUAUGGCUCAGAUGUACUUUGCUGAAACUGUCCUGGCUCUGGAACAUUUGCACAAUUAUGGGAUUGUUCAUCGGGACCUCAAACCUGAUAAUCUCCUUAUUACAAAAACGGGUCACAUAAAAGUGACUGACUUCGGCCUUUCUAAGAUCGGCUUAAUGAGCUUCUGCACUAGCCUAUACAAGGGUCACAUUAAGAAAGUUGCCAGAGAAUUCCAGGACAAGCAGAUAUCGGGCACCCCGGAAUACAUUGCCCCUGAAGUGAUCUUGGAGGAAGGCUACGGGAAACCUGUAGACUGGUGGGCCAUGGGCAUCAUUCUGUACCAGUUUCUCGUUGGCCACAUUCCAUUCCUUUCCGAUAUACCUGAGCUGAUGUUUAUGCAAGUGAUUUAUGGUGAUAUUAUUUGGCGUGACAGGAAUAAUCAUGUGCCAGUAGAUGCCAGAAAUCUCAUUGAGAAACUGCUGAAUAAAAAUCCACUGGAACGCCUGGGCACAGCUGGCAUACAUGAAGUGAAGCAGCAUCGUUUCUUCAAGAAUCUGGACUGGAAUGGAAUGCUUCAACAAGAGGCAGAGUUUGUCCCACAGUGGGAAUCAGAUGAGGACACAAGCUACUCUGAGGCUCAUUCAGACUUCUUCAAGAAUGACUUAGAUGAACAUAAGACCAAUGAUGAUGAAUGCAUAGAAAUCAAAAAUUUCUCUUCCUGUUCUUCACGGUUUCAUCAGCUAGCAGACUUUAACUAUGGUAAUGUAUUGCUGUAAAAUGAAUAAAAAUAUU